AUGGCUGCUCCAGUGUCAGCAUCACUUGAUCUCAGCGUAGCCGACGGUCCGCCUCUCGAUCUUUCAGGAGUUCCUGACGCCUGGAAUGGCUUGCUUUUGGCUAUAAGAAGCCACCCAAACGAGUUGGCCUUGGUGUGUUCUCAUCAGCCGCAUGAUCUGUUUGGCUUUUCUAGUCUUGGCCCUUCUGCCUCUGAAGACACAAGUCCCGGAAAUGAAUCUAAGCCGUAUCUUCGCUGGGAUUUUCAAACUCUUGCUCAAGCUAUCCACAAGCUUGUGGUGGCCAAAAGGUCCAUAGUCGCAGAUGCUGAUCUACUGGAAGAACUCGGCCCGGGAACCCCGGUGGUAACAUUUCUCCAGAAUGGUGCGGACUUUGUACUUGCGGCUUGGGCAUCUGUUGCAACAGGCUGCACCUUGACCCCUUUGAAUCCACUGUUACUCAAGAAUCGCGAUGAAGCAGCUCACAUGCUGAGAACAGCUUUGAGUCUUGCCCCCGAUGGUUAUGGCCUGAGGUUUGUCUACGCUGCCAAUUCAGAUGUGGCCAGAGAUAUUGAUGAGCUGGGUAUUGAUAACAACAUUUUUGGACCCCAAGUUGUCAAGAUAUUGGCUUCGGGGUCCAAAAUGAGAGAAGGCUGGCUUCGCCUUGAUGAUUUGAUGUUGUCGAUCGAUGGCAAGGGCAGAAGUGAUUUGUGCCACUCCAACCCAGUUCUUGGCCUUGAAGGCAAGGAUCAUGCCCAGGCCGGCAUCGUUCUCUUCACUAGCGGUUCAACAAGCAGGCCCAAGGGCUUAUUCUGCCAUCACACGGUCUUGAACACUUACACGAACAGCCGACUCCUACUUUCACCGUCUCACAUUCUACCACAACUUGGCUCGAGAGUAUGCAGUAUUCUCCCGAAUAACCAUGGAAACGGCUGGACCUGUAUACAAACUGCACACGGCCGCGGUGCGGCCCUAGUCUUCCCUGGCCCGGCGUUCUCGACUCCGGAAGCAUUGCUAUCUACCUUUCGCCAAGAACAGAUCACGCACACGCUGUUGGUUCCGACUCUGAUACACGCAUUGGUUGCAGCUAUGGAAAAUGGCCAGCCCCCUCUUGGAUCACUCAUCAGCGUCACCUUUGGUGGAACGAUUUUGACCAGGCAGGAGAUGCUCGCGACAACCAAAGUUCUCGGGGCUAAAGUUGUCGAAAAUGCUUAUGGUUGCACCGAAGGUGCGCUCACCAGCACCGGCAGCGUAGGUGUUUCUGAGGCAGGUCCUGACAGUUCUUUGUCCGGUUCGGAAGAGAUGUCUGUGGGGAAGCCGCCAAUGGGCCACGGUAUCAAAAUCAUAGAUCCUGCCACGGGCCGUGUCGUUCCACGAAACGUCACAGGAGAGAUCCACGGAUAUGGUCCCAUGAUAUACCGCGAAGGAAGAUGGGGAUACAUCCAGCAUGAAGAGCAGAAGGCAUUUUACGCUGAGGAGGAGACGGGCAGAGUGUGGUUUCAGACCGGAGACAUGGGAAGAAUGGACGAGAACGGGGAUCUCUUCAUCACCGGACGUUACAAGGAUAUGAUUAUCCGCGGCGGUGAAAACAUUUCGCCCGCUGCUAUUGAGGCUGUUCUUAUGAAGAACCCUGCCCUCCGCCCUCUCAAUCCACAAGUUGUUGGCAUCAGAGACACCAUUGCUGGAGAGGUUCCCGCUGUGGUGAUCAAAGGUGAUCAACAAGCUACUGCAGUCGAAAAGGCAAUUCGAGAAACCGUGCUCCAGAAUAUGUCCACGAUGCAUGUCCCGGAUCUGGUUAUCAACCUUAAGGAUCUCGACCUAGCAGACUUUCCCAGAACGACGUCGGGUAAGAUCCAGAAGUUCAAGCUGAAGCAGGCUGUAGCAGCCCAUCUUGACAGGCAGGCUACUUCUGGGGCAGCCAGCACAUUGUCCGGGCUCGAACAGCAUGACGAAGAGCAGGUCAAAGCUAUUUGGACGACGGCCCUCGGGCUGAGUAAUACAUCUCAGCUGGACGUCAACAUACCUCUUGGGCAGCACAUAGACAGCAUCACCAUGAUGCGCGUCCGCGACAAAAUCAGAAAGCAAACAGGUAUAGCGCUUCCAUUAGCAGCCAUGGCUCAAGCAUCGACUGUUGCGGAGCAGAUUGAACUUCUGCGCAGCCUGUCAGCCGAUCAUAAGACAACGUCAACGAUGAAGGACGCAAAUGUGGCGCAUCUCGCCAACCAACAAAGAAGGAUGGCAGCUGCCGACAACAGGAUUGCAACACGAAGACCUCUUUUAGCAGAAGAAUUGGAGGACAUCGCCCCCGAACCGGCACUGUUCGACUUCAUCAAAGAUCGGGUUCUGGGAUCCAUCUCGCCAUGCGGCUUCGGGUGGGAAGAUAUUGAGAACAUCUGCCCUGCAUAUGACUCGAAUGCUGUGCAGGCUCAGUGCGGUUUCUAUGAUACCAUCAACUUCAACAUGGCUAUCAGUACCAAGAAGAAGACAACUAAAAAGCAACUUCGCACUGCGGUAGAAGCGGCGUUGCUCAAUCAACCCAUCAUGUGCUCGUUCAUGGUCUGGGAUGCAGACUGGCGCGGUGUCAAUCCCAAGACAAAGGAAGCAUUCCACGUCAUCAUGCGCCCGUCAGCAAAGUAUUUCGACUUGGUCAUACAAGACGGCGGUGCCGUACGCUGCUUGAAAGAUCUUGAGGAGAUCGCACUCGGAAAUACUGCCGAGGCCCAUCGAUUCCCAGCACCGCAACAAAACACGUUUCCCGGGCCGCUUUAUCGAGUCAUGCUCUUCGACGUAGAAGAGACUGGCACUGCGGCGAUGGUGACAUCCGCAAACCACUCUAUCAGUGAUCAUUCUGCAGGACAGUUAUUCCACGACGACCUCGACCGAGCCGUCGCUAUGGCUGCUUCAGGCAGUUGGACUGCCGCCAGCAUCCAAGCACAGCUUCGAGAGUACAAGGACUACAAGCCCUAUUUGGACUUAUGCCACGCUCUGCGUAGCUCUCCGCGGGCUAAGGCGGCGGUGAAUUGGCAUCUCGAUCGUCUUGCCUCGCUGCCAAAACAUGUUGAUGCUGGGGCAUUGUGGCCAAGUCCGACGACCUGGAUGAAUGUCUCACUGGAUGGUCAUUAUCAAGAAAGCCAUCAACUGCAGCACAACUUCUCGAUGUCAGCCCUUAGAGCAGACCCCACGGAUCCCACGACCGUAUCUCCAUCCACCAUUGUCAAAGCCGCAUUGGCCUUAGCAAGCGCGAGUCGGAGUGGCUACACAACGACAGAAACCGCAACAGGGCGCAAAUCGAGGGUGGCCGUAUUCUCCAGCGUCGAAGCCGCGAGAUUACACUACAACCCUUUUCUGCCCCAGUCCGUCACGGACACCGGCAUGCCACGCCGUGGGGAAGAGCACGACAGGUCUCUGCAGUGGGAGGCUGGCGACGUGGCAGGCCCUACAGUGCAAAUAGUAUGCAACGUGGUGGAGAUGCCGAGAUAUGGCAGCGAGCGGGAGACAGUUUCCCAAUUCCUGCGUAGAAUGCAGCGAGAGCAGGAGCUUCAGACCAGACACGCGUCCGCACCUUGGCGGGCUAUCAUGGACAAGCUCGAAGACCCCAACGCCGAGAACAGGCCCUGGCCGCUGCUGCCUCUGAUUCAUGGCUCACUUAUGUUCAACUGGGCCCCCGGACUCGGUGAGAGCGCACCCCAGUCACGGUCUUCCACGGAGGAUGCUAGGCUCUCCCACUUCGAAAAUAUGGACAUGUUGAAGUCGGUGCAAAAGCCACGAGUCGGACUCGUGGUCUCUGCAGGCUCCAGUAGUCGUGGCUGUGGAACAGCAGACGAGAGUGCUGUGACCACCGUGUUCUUGCAUCUCAGGGGGGCCGGGCUCGAGUGGAGUUCUGGAGACGGUAUGGCCUCUUUCGCCAGGGAGAUAGAGGCAAUGGCUCAAUGGUUGUCGGCUGAGGAGAACCAGGGGCUCCUCAUUCACAAUGCAUUCGGUCUUGAGUGA